GUCGUCACCCCCGCGUGGCUCGCUUCAAACACGGAUCGCGACGAUGUCAAAGUCUUAGACUGCUCGUGGUACCUCCCCAACGCCGGGCGGGACGGCGUCGCGGAGCACGCGAGCGGCCCAAGGGUCUCGAACGCGCGAUACUUCGACGUGGAUGAGAUAUCGGAUAGGUCCUCACCUCUACCGCACAUGAUGCCGUCGUCCACGCAAUUCGCAGCCGCGUGCGACGCGCUCGGGAUAAAGAACUCCGAUGUUGUGGUGUGCUAUGACGGCGCAGGGCUGUUCAGCGCCGCGCGGGGAUGGUUCAUGUUCCGGGCUUUCGGGCACGAAAAUGUCGCCGUUCUUGACGGCGGCGCCCCUGCAUACGAAAAAGCGGGAUAUCCUAUGGAUGUUGACGUCAUUGAGGACAUGGCUUUCGUCAGUGCGGCGACGAUUGCGUCGGACGCCGUCGCGAACGCGGGAACGACCGUCACGAGCACCGCGUAUAAACCGUCACAAACGCCAGUCGCCGCGGGGUUCGUGUUCACGAAAGAUGAUGUCCUAACGCGGUGCAUCCCACGCUCGGAUGCGUUCUCGUCGGAACCAGCAGAAUUCACGCUCGUGGACGCGCGUCCUAGGGCACGGUGGGCGGGGGAAAAGCCGGAACCGAGGCCAGGGGUUAGAAAAGGGCGCGUCCCGUCGUCGAAGUGCGUCCCGUUCGUUUCACUUUUGAACGACGAUGGAACGUUCAAAUCAAAGAAAUCGAUCAUCAAUAUGUUCGGCGCCUCGGGCGUGGACAUAUUAAACGAGCCUGUUGUUUUUAGCUGUGGAACGGGCGUGACAGCGUGUGUCUUAGCUCUUGGUGCCGCCAUUGCCGGUCGGUCUAGGGACAUGGUGACCCCCUUGUACGACGGGUCGUGGUCCGAAUGGGGUUCGGAA